AUGCAUCGCACAUACUCUAUGCGCCAAUCGCGCGCUCCUACAGCCUCCCAGAUUGAAAACCCACCCCCGCCAGCAUCGUCGACAAAGACGGGCCGCCUGUUCGGCCGUGGUAACUUCGGGCAUGCGUUCCGAAAAGGAACUGCCGGCGCCUUUGGCCCGGACCUUGCAAAGAAGCUUUCCCAGCUCGUGAAGAUGGAGAAGAACGUCAUGCGCAGCAUGGAGCUGGUCGGCCGAGAGCGAAUGGAGGUCGCGCAACAACUCUCGAUUUGGGGGGAAGCCUGCGAUGAAGAUGUUAGUGAUGUGACUGACAAGCUCGGCGUUUUGAUCUACGAGAUUGGAGAGCUAGAGGAUCAGUUCGUCGACCGCUAUGACCAGUACCGCGUCACCAUCAAGUCGAUCCGCAACAUCGAAGCCUCGGUGCAACCAUCUAGGGACCGCAAGCAGAAGAUCACGGAUCAGAUUGCCCAACUGAAGUACAAGGAGCCCAAUAGCCCGCGUAUCGUGGUCCUCGAGCAGGAACUCGUUCGUGCCGAAGCCGAAUCUCUCGUUGCCGAAGCCCAACUGUCGAACAUCACUCGAGAGAAACUGAAGGCUGCAUUCAACUACCAAUUCGAUGCGAUCCGCGAGCACUGCGAGAAAGUCGCCAUCAUCGCCGGCUAUGGAAAGCAUCUGCUCGAGCUUAUCGAUGACAACCCUGUCACUCCUGGCGAGACGCGUAAUGCGUACGACGGCUACGAGGCCUCCAAGGCGAUCAUCCAAGACUGCGAAGAUGCGCUCACCAACUGGGUUUCGUCUACGGCCCAGGUCAGGUCCAACCUGUCCACCCGCGCACGCAAUCUCAGCCAGAGGCGGAAGGCCAACUCGAUCAAGAACGAGGGCGUCGAUCUUUCUGGUCAAGAUCAGCCAAUCAAGAACGAUCGCGACAGCUGGGUUCCUGCAGGCCAACACGGCGAAUACGGGCAGGAUGAAGAAGAAGAGGACGAGGAGGAGGAAGAGGAGAGACCACAACAGGCAAACGGUAAGUGA